AUGUUCCAUUCGGUUUUCUCCAACCUCGGGACCCGGGGAUUCGUUUUUGCGGAUAAGGUGAAUGACACCGGGGUGCCAUGGGACUACCGCAUUUGCUUCAAUAGCGAUGUGGUGGCUUGGGCUCCCAAGCCCUUUCUGCAGCGCAUCGACUUAGGUUGGUACAAUUCCAGCUAUGACGAAGAUCAUCCAAAUGGUUCUGUGUCGCUGCACUAUGUGAACUCCAUCACCCGCAGAGAAGUCGCGCUGCAAUGUCACUGUGGACAGGGGCCUGAAAUCACAUCGUGGACCACAGGCCACAACCACACCCUGCAUCUUGCGCUGCCGACGUGCUGUCGGUUAGCACACGAAGAUGGGGCCAGACCUAUGUCAGUGCCCGAAAUCUUCCAUUGGCUGCUAGCGCCUGUUGCGCGCUUGGAACAACCCUGUUUGGGACUGAAACGCGGCAGUUGGGACUACACCCUUUGUUUCGAAGAGAAUAUCUCUCAGGCAUCCUUGAGCCGUUCCCCAGCAACUGCCGAAGGGAAGGUCCCACCAGAAGUGCUCCUUGCAGGGCCGCCUCCGCCGGAGGUCGUCCCACGUUUGGUGACUGCGGAGCCGGUGGUUCGUGGGCAAUCGGUAGGCGUAGGAGCAGGUUUGAGCUCGGAGGACGGCAGCGCUGCAUGGGCCGCAGUACCUGCAAAGCUGACCGAAGCCCUGGGUUCCCAGCGACGGAGGGCAUUGGAAUUGGACCUGGCUGAGGGACAGGACUGCCGCGCAGCCAAUGGGACUCGCAAGCACCGUGUGCGUGUGAGGUGGCUGUGCCCUGCGACCUGGCGUUCCACGGCGCCGGAUUUGGAUGGAGGUCAUAGCGCCCUGCUGGCAGUGGAGCGGCCGAGCGGUGACCUGGCGGAGAGCGUGGGAUGCUGCGACUGGGUGGUCUGGGUGACCUCCACCCUACUUUGCACCUGGCGUCCCUUGCGCCCCGCCGCGUCGAGCGCGCAAGAAGUGCAGUGCCAGGUGGAACAGCAGGUGCGGUAG